AUGGAUGUUCCUACUGAAAAAGAGGUAAGUUUUCGAAUGAGUACGUCAGAAAUCAACUAUAAAAACUUGCAGACUUUCUCCAUAAUCAAAAGUUUGCCGCCUGAACUUGCAAUAAUGGUUGUUGAUCGAAUGGGACCGAUUGAAAGGUAAAAUAGCUCAAAUAUCGAGUUUUCUUCAAUAGCCCAUUUCAAUUCCAGAGGCAAAUUCUCUCAAUGCUCGAAAUUGUGCAAUGAUCUAGUCAAAGAUGUGAAAAAGAAGACCACAAGCUUGGAUUUUCGUGAUAAUAGAACAUAUGCGACAAUUCACGUGUCUUCUCAAAAUAAGAAAACAUUUUAUAAAUAUUAUUAUACUUUCGAGAAAGUUGGCGAAGAGAAUUUCAAGAUUUGGUGAGCUGAAGAUAGAUUUGUUUAAAUAAUAAAUUGAGAAUUCAAAAUUUUUAGCUGGAAAUCAGAUGGAAAGGAAGAUUGGAGAGUAAAGUUGGCAGAUGAUGUCGAUUUAUAUAAAGUUGGCUGUCAAUUAUUCAGAAGUCUUAUUCAAAAAUAUCAAAGAAGUAUCGAAAGUUUAACACUUUGUAUUACUAGAGAUCAAAAUUUUGAUUUUGAUUUUGGUUUUGAGAAGUUGACUCAUUUGAAAUACCUUACUCUCAGCGGCAAUUUUGAUGUUGGAAAAAUUAUGACGAAACUUCCCAAUCCUUUGUAUUAUCUGUUUAUUUUUGUGGAUGAAAGCAUUUCAAUCGAUUUCGAUCAAGUAUUCAAUACUCGAAAUCGUCUCCGAAUUCCGCGCCAUCCAAUCAAUAAUGAGCAAUUACUCAAAAUUCGUGCGAAAUAUUUGGAUGUGUCAAUUGGAAGUUUAAGCGAGGAGAAUAUUGCAGAUUUCGUGAAAUCGUAUCAAAAUGACACAAUGAAUCACAAUGCUCUUAAUUAUUGUUGGCUUAUUAAUGGUCAAUUCGAUUUGAGAAAAUUGUGGAGACUUUUAGGAUCGGAAGAGGAGAAUUAGUAAGUUGUUUUUUUUUGAAAUACCUAAUAAUAAUAAUAAUUUAUUACGACACUAAAGGUGUUCGCAGCAAAAAAAAAAUAAAACAUGGCAGAUAUAAAUUGAAAAUGACUAAUUUGUUCUUUCUAGUCAGAAAAUGCUUCCAAUUCGACACUUGACCAAAAGAAAGUGUGCUCUUUUGAACUUCGAUAAUGUAAUUUUGACUUGGCGAAAUCCAAUGGGUUGA